GUGAUCAUUCUCGAGGAUUACGCGGACCCGUUUGAUGCUCAGAAGACCAAAGAGCAAAGGGAGGCAGAGAGGGUCGGGGAGAACGAUGGUUACAUGGAGCCGUACGAUGCUCAGCAGAUGAUCACUGAGAUCAGACGUCGGGGGUCCAAGGACCUGCUGAAGGUGUGUGUGCUGAUGGAGGCGAGUGAGGGAACUGUGGAAGAAGGUCAGCCUGUGCCCUUGCAGAUAUACGACAUCCCAUAUGAGGGAAGUGAGGGGGACAAGACGGUGGCCACGCGGCCUGAGCUCGACCCUCGACCCUCGACUGAGUACGAGCUGCCCUGGGAGUGGAAAAAGGAGCAUAUUGUCAGGACACUGUCAG